AUGAAGGCAUCGGACUGGAAGUCGGUCACUCCAUACUUGCUGUAUUGCUGCCUCGUCUUUAAUGCAGGCAAUGUCUUGUUCGGCAUUGAUGUCUCGUCGUUUGGCUCUCUCCAAGCCCUCCCCAGUUUUCUUAGACAGUUCGGCGAGCGACAGCCUGAUGGGAGUUAUGGCCUCUCCACGAGUCGAAAGAGUAUUAUGAAUUCAGUGAACUGGACCGGCAAACUUGUUGGCUGUGCCAUCUUCGAACCUCUACUCGACCGUUUCGGCUACAAAAGAACCGUUUAUAUUCUAGCGACCAUCCAGAUCGUUGCUGUUAUCCUCGAGGUAUCAGCGACCAAUUGGAUCCAGUUCUCCAUCGGUCGCGUCUUCGCCUACCUCGCCGUGGGUAUUGUUGAACCUCUCAUCCCCGUCUAUCAGGCAGAACUCGCCCCGGCACCCCUCCGAGGUUUCUUCGCGGGCAAUGUCCAGGUUCUAGUGCACCUUGGAAGUAUCUGGGGUGCUGGCAUGAGCCGUGCAUAUGCCGACGAGACCGGCAAGAAGGGUUGGAUCAUCCCAGUCGCCGUCCAAAUUAUUCCUGCGCUACUUCUCCUCAUUGGCGUUCCUUUCUGUGUCGAGUCCCCACGCUGGCUUCUUGCCCAUGGUAGAAAGGAUGAAGCAAUAGAAAGCUUGAACAGAGUCAGACCUGCCGAAGACAAGGAAAGCGGACAGACUCUUCUAGAGAUCGAAGCAUGCGAGGAAGCCAUUUUAGAAAGCAAAGUCCAAAACCAAGGCCAGUGGAGGGAUCUAUUCAAACAGUCAUACAUCAACCGCACUAUUAUCGUCUCCUUCAUGUUCUUCUUUCAGCAAGUGACGGGCCAACAAUUCGCCAAUUCAUACGGUCCCACCUUCUUCAAGAGCAUGGGGCUCGCCUCGGACAAGCUAUUCACAUACUCGACCCUCAUCCCCCUUGCCGGCCUCGUCGGCUGCAUCAUCGCCGUCCUCACAACCGACACGAUAGGUCGCCGAACCCUGUGCAUCAUCGGGGCUGCCCUCGCGACCAUGUUCAACGCUCUCAUCGGCUCCAUCGGCUCCAAGCCGGAUGCGAAGAGCAACGCCACGUACAGCAACGUCGUCGUCGCCUCGGUGAUCCUGCUCAACGGCGUCUGCAAGCUCGGCGUGGCCAGCCAGUGCUGGCUGAUCGGCUCGGAGAUGGGCGGCACGCAGCUCCGCAACAAGCUCAUGGGCUGGGGCGUCAUUGUCGACGUAUUCUCGGCCUUUCUCGUCACCUUCUUCACCCCUUAUCUGCAGGCUGGUCCCCAGAUCCAGCUGGGUGCCCGGGUCGGGUAUGUGUUCAUGGGCCUCGCUGCGAUUGCCUUCUUUUUCUUCAUUGGGUUUAUCCCAGAGCUCAAGGGAAGGUCUCUCGAGGAGGUGGAUGAACUAUUCGAGAGAGGACUUUGGGCGUGGCAGUUCAAGAAUGCCGAGACGCACGGCGUUGGUGCGCGGAUAAGAGCCAUGGAAGCGGGAAGGACGGUUGAGCCGGAGGUACAACCCGAAGAAGAUAGAGAUGUUCCUAAAGCACAGCGCGUUACGAGCCAGUCGAGUUAG